AUGGGAGCCUCGGAGUCGAAGUUGGUCUUCAAGCAGGGAAUCUUUCGCCUCUCAGAAGAGAAGGACAUUCCUGCUGAUGAUCCUUACUGGGCUAGAUUCUGGGAGCUCCCAGAAUCAACAGAGGAUGUCUUCAGUCUGUUCACCCCCGCAGACAUACGGCGAACGCGCGAUAACGCACUCUCGAAUUUCGAAACGUUGUUACUUUCAGUAACAUCUCGUCUCAUCAUCUUGAAGAACCAUCCAUCUUUCCCGGACCCAGAAAUCGCGCCCGAACGGGAUGCCCUCAACUGUAUCCGCAUCCUUACCCGCAUCCUCCCCUUUGUUUACGAGGCGGAGCACCUCGAAGAAUGGGAAGAGAAAUUCUUUUGGGGUCGUCGCAGGAAGAAGACCAGGCAGGCUCAGGUUGCAGCUGAGGUGCUGUUCGACGAGGCGCAAGCUGAAGGUCCACAAGACGAGUUGUCUCGAGCCAGCGAAUAUGAAGAGGUGAAGCCUUUGGCUGAGGAGCUGAUUGACACUCUGGUUGACUUUCUAUUCUACGCGGACUUCACAAUUCCUAGUAUUCCAUCAGCCAAAGACAAGAUCUCAUACUCGAUCUGGCAGAGUGGCGUCGGUUGCAACAGCUCCAUGGGCUCUACCAAAGAGCUUGAGAGCAACCGCUGCGAGGUUUUGCGGCUCUUGCUCACGCUGACCGGAAGAGCCAUGUACAUGCCAUCAAGUCUUCUGCCUGUUCAGGGCGUAAAAGCCAUCACAUACAUAACGACUUGCUCUGACAAGCAGGCUGUUCUCACGUUGCUGUGCUCGCUAUUGAACACGGCGAUCAAGUAUAAUCCGGCAUCCUGGAGAGUUCCCUAUGACCAUGUUGUAUGGAAAGAUUCCAAGCAAAUUUUGGUGAUAUACUGCCUCCAGCUCCUGCUCGUGCUUCUCUUAUAUCCCAUUCCAGAGGAUGGUCGUGGAACCCCACCGAAGAACUACUAUCGCCAUUACUUUGGUCGGCUUCACAGACCGCAAGACUUCCAAUUUCUUGUCGAUGGCAUGACCAGAAUUCUGAAUCAACCCAUGCAAGCGACCAAUUCAUAUCUCCCAGGCAGUCAAAAGUCCGUCAAAUGGGCACCUGAAAUGCUGAUGUUGUUCUGGGAAGCAUUGCAAUGCAACAAGCGGUUCAGGUCUUUCAUCAUCGAUUCUAACCGCUCACAUGAUUUUGUCAUUCUCUGCAUAUUUUAUGCAAUUGAGUACAAGUCUGAUCCUUCGAAGCAAGGUGUGGUUAGAAUGUGCAUUUUUAUCUUGCAGACAAUGAGUGUUGAACCCAACUUUGGGAAGAGUCUCAACUUAGACUUCGAAGCCCAGGACACGCUACCCCAAAGCAUACGUAUUCCUGGCUUCAGAGGGACUUUUGGGGAUUAUUUGGUUAUGUCCAUCCAUACUUUGCUUACUGCAAGCAAAGGCAAGUUGAAUGCUGUCUAUCCAGCGCUAUUAGCUAUAAUCAACAAUGUGGCUCCUUACUUGGAGCAUCUUUCACCUGCCACGUGCUCAAGACUCUUACAGCUUUUCUCGUCCAUGUCUGCCCCCAGCUUCCUUCUGGCAAACGAAACGAAUCAUGCACUUCUCGCGUCGGUACUUGAAUCUAUGAAUUCUGUCCUUGAACAUCAGUUUACCAAAAAUUCGUUCCUAGUGUAUGCCAUACUCAAAUACAGGAACCGGUUUGAAGCUGUGAGGGCCUUUACACUCGAGAGUGGACAACAGGAAAUUGAACGCCAGAAUGAGAGAAGAAAGGCCAGACACGCAACCCAUGACCCAUCGUCAAGCCCAACAUUCCCCCCAGUCGAGGAGGAUCCCCACGUCUCGUCCGGUGCUCGAUCGCCGUUGACCCGUAUUCCGGAAGAGAACAGCCCGUUUGCCAUUGGUGGUGAUGACUCUGAUGAUGAGCGAGACGGAGAAAAUACGCCGUCGCACCGUUCCCCUUCUCUGCAGGCCUCCAGAAGGCCCUCAACGUCGUCGGCUGUUGACGAAAGCGUUCCAUUACAGCUCCGGGGGAUGUCUGAAAAGGCCAGGGGCAAGAUGCCUGCUGGCCAACCAUCUUUCUCAAGACAAAACAGCAUUACCAGUCAAAGUAGCAUGUCUGCUAUUUUUUUGAAUUCAAACGGCUUUACGCCAACCACUGCUUGGUUGGAGUCAUGGCUACCUGAGCUUCCUCUUCAUACAAUCCUUACUAUCAUUUCGGCGAUCGCUCCCCAUAUUCCUGACUCUGUUUUCCAGUCGGCGUCGAGCCCCGAGGCUCGGACAUUAAUAACCAAUUUACCUUCGUUUGCAGAGGAACCAACGAUUCAGAACAUCCUGUCAGAACCCUCGCCGGUACGAGUGCAUUCUUUUGAAUGGUCAGCGCUAUCUUUAGGCUGGUAUGAAUCGUUACUCUGGGGCUUCAUCUUUUCAAGCGAAAUGGUGGUUGGCACGGCAUCGGGAGCUACACCUGGCACCGUUGGUGUCUGGAACGGAACAGGAAUCAAGCUCUUCAGGGUGCAGGAGGCCGCCGCUCAAGGUCCCACCUUACUUGCUCCUAAAGGCGCGGUUGAUGCGGUUGGGAGCAACCUGGUGCAGCGCAUAGGUAAUCUGAGUCUUCGGCGUAGCAACACUCAGGACUCUCAGAAUGGGCCGCUACCACCGUCGGUUCGGGAAGUUUAG